AUGGAAUAGAGAUGGGAAAUGUAUAUAUACUAUUUAAAUAAAAUUGAUUAGAUUAAGAACUCUGAGUACCAAAAUUAAAAAAAUACUCAACAAAGCAUAAGAUCAAUUUCAAGAAAGACAUUCAAAUAUUUAACAAGGUUACAUAACAGAUUUAAGAUAAUAUUGUAGAAUAGUGACUGCUUGUGAAGAACAAUUGAUUCUAAAUUUGAGUGAUUAUAACUUAGAGUUUAUUGGUGAUCUUAUAAAAGUAAACAAUAGAUUUAUAAAUAAAACAGACAUUAUCAGGAUUUCAUUUAUUAUUGAUAUCAAAUCUCUUAAAUUGGAUCUAAUAAUUUGAAUUAUUAUUAACACCUCAUUAAGGUAAUCUACCUUUUGAACAUCUUCUUGAAUAAAGUAGAUAACAUUAAAAUAGAUUUAAUAAUAUUAAUGAAAGUGAUGCAGCCAAACAUAUUAAUGAAUUACAUGAAUCUAUUUAAUCUCUUGCCUAAAAUAAUAAAUAGAUAAUUGAUAGUCACAAUACUGAUAUUUAAAAUCCAAAUUCUGUUGAUAUUAUAGAUUCAGUAACUUAAUAACUUCGUGAUAAUAUUAGAAGUAAUUCAAAAUCCAAUUCUAAAAUGAUCUUAAAAAAGUUAUUAUCUAAUUAAAAGAAUAAAAAUAUUCUCAUUGAUCAAGAAUAACAAACUAUAUUAAAUUAUUAAGAGGUUGAUUACAUAGAAUAAUAAAAUUAUGAAUUAAGAGUACUUAUUGAUAGAAUCAUCAAAUAGUAUGAGGAUAAAUUAAAAUAAUCUAUAAUAUAAUAUAAAGAAACCAAAUUAAUUCUCAAAGCCUAAAAGAUUGAACUAGAACAUUAAAGUAAUUUAAUUGAGGCAUAGAAUGAAUUAUUUAAAUAAUAUUAAGACAAAAAACCAUAAUAAACUCUUACUCAUUUUAUACAAAUUCCUACUAUUGCUGAUAGAAAUAAAAGAUCAUUAUUUGAUAAACAAUAGAAAUUUAUAUUUACAAACAUGAAAUUAAGAUCAUCAUCUUUACCUAAAAUUGAUGGAAAAGAUGAAUCUAUUUUGAGAAAUUCUUUUACUAAAAUUGGUGUUUAAUUAUCUAAGAAUUUAAUACCAACAUAAGAUGUUAUUGAGAAUUUCAAGAAAUAUUAAUAAUCACAUGAAUUUAAAGAAAGAAUAUUUAAAGUUUGUUAAUAAGUUCAAAUUAAGAUACCAACAGAUUAAUUAUAGAAUGAGUCUAUUUCUCAUUAAAAUAGAGUUAUGACUUUCUCAAAACUUUGUNUAUUGUAGAAUAGUGACUGCUUGUGA